AUGUCCACUCAAUCUCUGAGUAAUCAUGAUGCCGUUGCAGCUCCGUCUCACCUUAAACAGGCAUCCAGCACCACCGCGCUGCCAAAGUCCAAGACUAUGGACAGCUUGCUGUCUUCAUCCCGCGACACUAUCACCAGACGACGCCUUCUCCAACCCCUCGACCCCCCUCUACCACGAACACAGACCUUGGGCAACAUCUCAUGCUUCGGUCCAUCAACCGAGUCGCCUUCUCCAAGAAAGCCAACCUCAAUUUCCCUUUCCCCUGCUGGACAGCAUCACGAUAAUGCAAGUCAGCUCAACAUUGCCGAUGCAUUGAUGGAAAGCAGAAUGUCCGAAAAAGAGAUGGACUUGAUGAUACAAGUUCAAAGAGAGGCGGCAAUCAAUCGUGCUCGACUUAGAAAUGCUUGUCAACACCGAAACCCUCCAGAACGCGCCCCUUCUGUCCAAUCACCAAGAAGCACAGUCGACCGAGCGCCCACCCUGAAGCUGGCACUGAAUGACGUUGCCAAUACACAACGUCUCGAAACCAUGAAGAGGACAUCAUCAUCUGGGCGCCUCCUGUUCAUCAAUUCCACUUUGGCCAACAAGAACUGGCGGGACGGCGACCUACCCACUUCAACAACAUUGAGCACCAGCAUUGGAAGCGACACGAGCUUGAAUCAAAGCCAAGACUCGGACAAUGAUCCAAGACAUGUAUAUGUUGCAGAGGACACAUCAUACUGGACAGGGCGAUAUAUGUCCCUCUGUGACCGAUUUCGUAUGAAAGAGCUCAACAGACCACCUCAUUCACCCUCGGAAUCCACUGAAAAGAAGAUUGAUCGCGAGUUCGAGAACAGUGAGAAAGUGCGUAUGAACAGUGUGCUCAAUGAGUUAAAAACGCAUUGUAAGACGGGAGAGGCUUUGAAGAGCUUUGAAGACUUCGAAAAUAUCCUCCUCAAAAAACUGGGAAUAUCACGCCAGAGCCUGCAUCGCGCUGGAAGCCUCGCAUUUGCAGGGAAAGAUGUGGAGAGGAAAUUCUCCGAGUCGAACGGCUUCAAGCCUUUUUUGUUGAACACGUCAACCUCUCCUGGAAAUGCCUCGACGCCAACCAGUAGAAUAUCGAGCGUCAAUGCUGAGGCCGUGGUUACCGAGCCUUCCAAGGCCUUCUACGGCGACGGCACCAUGGCGAAAAGCAAGACCACCGGCAACCUCGCGUCUCUCAUUCCCCUCAUACCUAAGAGGCAGUAUGUUAUUGCUAACAAUUCUCUGCCAAAGUCGAAUACUGUCCAGCUCGCUUCGCACGGGCGUAAAACAUCCUACUUCGACUGUUCCCCCGAAACUCGAGCAAAGGCUAUGAAAGAACGUGAGGAACGCGCCUCUCGCAGAGCAGCUGAGACGCAUCGACGCGCGAACUCGCAGCUUCCAGCUGUUGGCGUAGUCAAGAGUCGCGGGCAGAGCAUGGUCCCAGCAUCAUCCUCCAAGACUGUGAAAGUCUCAGGGUCGGUCCCAACACAACUCAAUACUUCCUGCCUCAAAGUGGAGCCCGAGGAAGCAGUGACAGAUUCCCUGAGUGUUGCCAUGCUCGAGAGUGGACAUGUGCGCCCACCGCCAAGUCCUGUGAGGCAGGCGUUGCCGUCACGAGUGGAGCUGGUCGAGGUACCUGGAGGUGGGAAGGAGAAGGUUGUCAAAUCACGGCGUAAGACCGAGAGACAGAUCAGUGGGGAAAGGGUCAAGACAUUGUUUGGAGCCGGAAUGCGAGAGGUCAAGAAGAUGGGACGUCGAGUUAGUGGGAUGAGCUGGCCCGGAAGUAGCGAGGAGUUGAUAUCGCCAAGGAGUGGGAGUAAGUGA